AACACACUCCGCCGGUCCACCCUGAGUGUUAAACUGAGAUUGAGACUGCGAGUUUCUCCCCGACAGGCAGCAAUCGGUAUCACAGCGCCCAGCCGUUUCCUGGUAUAGGGUCCACUUGAAACUCCAGCCAUCACCCUGGCUAGCGGAUUCCUCUCUACCCCCGACUACUCACAAGCACACACACAGAACUCGCAGUAACGCUGUCGGUUACAUCCUUUGUGUCAAGCUUUUGUGGAGUCGUCCUGACUAUGUGUGUUUGAAUAUCGUGAUGUCAACACCCUAUUCUCAGUGACUAGUGUUGUUCUGUACUGCUCUGGAGGAGGAUAUUCGUUCAUUGGAUACAUUUCAAGAUAGGACCAACUAACCUCAGUCCACUCGGAUACCGUUAUGGGGGGAAGAGGAGGACAACCAAUGGUCAAAGUAAACAACGUACACACCACAGCAAUGUGGUCACCAUCGGUCAUCUUCUGGUUGACCGUCAUGGCGGUGGGGGUCCUGUCACCACCCGCCACAGCGAACACCACCAUCACUCUGGCCUAUCUUACUGAACACAACAGCGGUUUUAAACACGUCGGCGGGGCGUUUUUCUUAGCUAUGGACGACCACAAAGAGAUGUUGUCCUCAUACGGAAUUGAGAUGAAAUAUGUGCUUCGAGACACCAAGGGGAGUGAUGUCGUUGGUUACAAGCAAAUGAUGGAUGUAGCAGCUUCACACAAUGUCACUGCCUUCUUCGGACCUGACCGUUACUGUUCCUGUAUAGCCAGCGUAGCUACGGCUCUUGAAAUCCCCUAUGUUGCCUAUGACUGCGUAUACACCCCCAGCGAUAGCAACAUGAAGAAGUACCACGUGGUCAGCACCCAGCCCUCCGACGUCAAGGUCGCGUCCUUCAUCAUCGCCUUCCUCAAGUACAACAACUGGACGUCCUACACCAUUAUCAGUGGGCUCACCGACCGCUGGAAGGAGACGACCCGUGUCCUUGGGAACCUCACCAGCGACAUCCACAUCACCGACGUCAAGGAGCAUGAAUUCAACGACAGAUACUUCCCGGGCGUCAACCAGACCAUCUUUGAGAAAAUGAUUCUCAGCACUUACGAAAGGACGAGAAUAUACGUCUUUCUGGGGGACUACGCAAGUCUGAUUCAGUUCGUCAUGGCCAUGCAAAGGCUUGGGCUGACGGACAAAGGGGAGUACGCAGUCAUAGCAACGGACAUCGACAGGAAGACGGUCUCGGACAGACCGACAAAGUACUUCCAUACAUUAAAGGAAGAACAUGACCUGAAGUUAAAGAACAAAUCAACCCCAAAGGAACGGCUGAAUGCCUUCCGGAACGUCGUUGUGCUCAUGCGCAUAACUAACGGAAGUACAGAGUGGAAACAAAUGGAUGAGAGAAUCGGCGACAGAAACUUGAAAGACCCCAUUAAUUUCAAACGAUUUAAAGACUUUGCGUCCCCAUCACCACUGAAAGCCGCUUACUUGUACGACGCUGUCCAUCUGUAUAUCAAAGCUGUUGAGGGACAAGCCAAAGCUGACGGUGACGUCCUCAACGCGACUGCCAUCGUAGAGCAGAUGAGGGACAAAUCAUACAAUUCCAGCUAUGGGUAUGAAAUGCACAUCGAUGAGAAGGGCGACAACUUCGGCAAUUACAGUCUCAUGAGCGUGGAAGUCGGCGAGAACGGGGCGGAACCAAGGAUGAAGAACGUAGGGAUGUUCAUAAGGAAAGCCAACAACUCGAACGAAGUGAUUUUCCGUCCCUCUGAAAACAAAAUAGGAUGGACACUUGGUAAACCGCCUCCAAGCGAGCCUAAAUGUGGAUUCCGCGGCGACAAAUGUUCAGGAAAAAACUACGCCAUCAUCAUCGGUUGCAGCGUUACCGCAGGGAUCGUGUUAAUCCUGAUUGUGCUGAUUGCAAGAUAUUACCUGUACGAGCAGAAGCUAGCCCGACUCCUGUGGAAGAUUGACCGGGCAGAAAUCCAGUUCAGUUCUGAACCAAGCAUUGUCAAUACCAGAAAGCCAAGCAAGCACUACCACCGCUGGAUCAGCCUUCUAAUGUCUAAAGACUCGGAGAUGGAGGACCUGUGUGAACCCACCCCCCGGGCAGAGCACGAGCUGUCGGUAGGGAUGUUCCGAGGAACUCAGGUGGUCAGCAAACAGAUGACGAAGAAGGCCCUGGAGGUGACGAGGCCGAUGAAGAAGCAGUUGUUGCUGAGGAAGGAGUUGAACCACGACAACAUCUGCCGCUUUAUCGGAGUGUGUAUCGAGACUCCCCAAAUCUACAUCGUGUCCCAAUACUGCCCUCGCCAUAGCCUACACGACAUAAUACAGAACAAAGAUCCUCCUCUCGACGACAUGUUUGUCUCCUCCCUACUCGCCGACCUCAUCAGGGGUAUGACGUUCAUCCACGACAGCCGCAUCGUCUCCCACGGCAACCUCAAGUCCAGCAACUGCCUCGUGGACAGUCGGUGGGUGCUGCAGAUAACGGAUUUCGGUCUUUACUCCCUGUACACCUCAAGUCAGUCCAGCAAACACGAGAACAAGUAUUACAAUAGGUUAAAGUGGAAGGCCCCUGAGUUGCUCCAGGACGGGGUUCACGAGCCCCGGGGUACCCAGAAGGGGGAUGUAUAUUCCUUCUCCCUCAUCCUGUAUGACAUCCAUGGUCGGAACGGUCCGUGGGGAGACACAGACCUGACAGCAAAAGAGAUCGUGCAACGUGUGCGGCAGCGCAUUCCCCACAAGCUAUUCCGUCCCCCCACAGACACCCUCAAGUGCCAGCCCUAUAUCAUUGAAUGUAUGCGAGACUGCUGGGCCGAGUCCCCGGACGCCAGGCCGGACUUCAAGAUGAUCAAACAGAAGCUCCGGAUCAUGCAUCACGGGCUAAAGAACAACAUAUUUGACAACAUGUUGGCGUUGAUGGAAAAGUAUGCAACGACGUUGGAGAAACAGGUCGCAGAGAGGACGGUAGAGUUGUCGAUGGAGAAGAAGCUGACCGAGAACCUGCUGUUGAGGAUGUUGCCAAGGUCUGUAGCGGAGAGUCUCAAGCAGAACGAACCAGUCAUUCCCGAGCAGUACGAGUGUGUAUCAAUCUACUUUAGUGAUAUCGUCGGCUUCACCUCAAUCGCCGCUCAAAGUACUCCGAUUCAGGUGGUGCAUCUCCUCAAUGACCUCUACAUCGUCUUCGACUCCGUGAUCGAACACUACGAUGUCUACAAGGUAGAGACAAUCGGCGAUGCAUAUAUGGUGGUCAGCGGUCUACCAAUCAGAAACGAGGACAGACACGCGGGGGAAGUAGCCUCGCUUUCGCUUCACCUGCUCAGCCGGAUAAAGUCCUUCCGGAUCAACCACAUGCCAGAAGCUUCUAUCAAAAUUCGUAUCGGUCUUCACUCAGGGUCCUGUUGUGCCGGAGUGGUGGGGCUGAAGAUGCCGCGGUACUGUCUGUUCGGGGAUACAGUGAACACUGCAUCAAGGAUGGAGAGUACGGGCGAAGCGAUGAGGAUUCACUGCAGUCAGCAAUGCAAGGACAAGCUGGACCACCUCGGCGGGUACUGUCUACAGGAGAGGGGGAUUGUCAGCAUGAAGGGUAAAGGGGAGCAGCAGACUUACUUCCUUACGGGUGAAGACCAAGCCCAUCGGAUUCGGCGGAUCUCGGAAGAAGCCAUGGGUAGAGACGGACGCUGCGUGUCAGUUGGAAACUUAGACUAUGGGGAGAAGCCAUUGUCAGAGCAAAGCAUUUACCGGAACAGCUAUCUCAACCCAAACGCCAACCAAACACACCGGAACUCAAGUCAGGGCGACCGACUUCCGGCCACACAGGAAGUGAACAGCGCACCGGUCGAUCCGGACACUUCACUGGAGGAACCAAAUGAGACGCUGGGCCUCCUGUCCGCUCAUGACCCAAGGGAAAUGACCGUUGUUUAUCAGAACGGCGGACGCACGGACACACGCCUCGGACGGUCGUCCGUGAGCUGUCAUGACAUGUCGGUCACCAGUGGUCAUUCCAUGGGCCCCAUCAUAUAUUCACGGAGCAACAGUCGAAUGUGAUCUGUACCCUUCAAUCGUUUGUGUUCACUUAUCCAUACUGCAAUCUUCCCUAUGGGAGGAUGUUGAUACUUAUUCAAAGGACGAAGCUGAUGACUUACUGAAGGUAUUAUACACACUGUCAAUCAUUUCUAGAGGAUCAUUACCAUACACAACGGGUGUUCAUCUCGUGUAUUACCCGCGAAGCUCUCCACAUGGGUGGUCCACACAUUCUCAAAGCGGAAAGAACUUAUGGGCAGGAUUGUACUUAGAGAUCUUAACCAUUAAAGGUACCCUCUGCUUUUGUUGUGGUACUUAAGGAUUUUGCUGUUAGCAAGUCUGUUAUAUCACUAGCACUGCCUUUAUCUCGAAACAUCCAUUUUCUCGAAGUUUAAUAUACUCCCUUCUACAAAGGUCUGCUGUUGGUGUUCCCAGAACGUAAUGUGUACAUAGUUCAUCAAUCUGAGAACGCUUAAUUUCAAGAUCUUUUGCUGUGUCUUCUUGAAACGAAUCACAAGACAGUUACAUUUGUUUAUAUAUUUCCUCCAACUAUAACGUCUUUGAUUCUCAUCACUACCUCUUUAUACCACGUACACCUGAAGACUGCAUGCGUGUAUGAACUGCCUACAGACCCUUGCAAUAACAAAUGAUCCCAGGACAUUGGAAGCUUGGAAUACUGUGCUGAUAGAUAAUUGAUAAUCCCACCAGUGAAGACACUAAUUCUGUGCCAGAGAUUGACCUUCAAACUGGUUCUUUAAUCUCACUUGAGUCUCCUCGACGUCACAUGAAACUGUACAAAUCGUGCGGAGAACGUUGUUUUCGGAGAAGAAAUAGGAUGGUACUGUAUCGCCAAACGACAAUCAUGCGUUUUGGCGAUGUGUUCUUGAUUGUUGUCAUAAUGUCUUUAUGCAAUGCAAAAAUAUGGAUGGUUGGUUCUGGUUCUGUGUUAACGAUGUAAGCCUUUAUUUGAGGCCGACGAGUAGGAUGAUGUGUUCUUACGAUAUCUUCAAGAUAUUAGUCGUAACUGCGAGUGUUUGACGCCAAGAAACCAGGUGAUGUAUUUUGGCGAUGUGUUCACGGUGUUCACGACUAUAACUCGUGAUGGACGCCGACAGUCACUAUUACCCACAGUGGAUACCGACUGACAGAAUGGUGGGUUUGAGCGACGUGUUCUGGAAGUUUACUCCAUCAUUGCUUCUGUUACACGUCGAAUAACAAUAUCCAGUGUUCUAGAAUAACAAUAUCCAGUGUUCUAGCGAUACUAAAAUGCGUUGAACGUCAGCCAACCGAGGAUGAUGUAUACACAAAGAAAUUAAUUAAGCACCCCCUGUAUUUUUGCAAUGAUAGGUUUUCAACACGUACAAAAGACUUCUCGUGGUGACCACGAUGGAAAAACAUGAGUUUUUCUGACCCGUACGAUCGACAAAAUGAUUAGAAUCCAUGUUGAUUUUAAGAUGAUAAUUGCUCAUUUUACAAAAAACACUACUAUUCAUACAAAAAACAUGUCUGUACAAGUAUGUCUCUGGAAUGUUUAAGUUAUUGGUGAAUGUGAACGUUCAAUAUGUCAUUUUGUGUAUCUUACACGGUUCAAGGUCAAUAUCCUCCGUGUGACUGUAUGACAGCCAGCACACUCCUCCUCAUACCCCCUGCCAGCCUCCUGAUCCUCUGAAGGGGCAGUCUACGCCAUUCCUCGUGUAAAGCAGCCUCUAAUUGGGCCAGGUUCUGUACAGGAGGAUCCCUUUGUUGCACACGACGACCAAUCAUGUCUCAGUUAUACUCCAAUCGUGAGAUAUGUCAGGGGGUGCUUAACUAAGUUCUGUGUGUAUAUUUUGGCGACGUGUUCAGUCAUAAUUACCUAUGUGUUCACAUCAAGUAUUGCAAUGUUUCAACUGUUCGCGUUUCAGUCUUUUAUGAUGUUGAUAUUUGAAAUAUUUUGAGAUUAAAUAAUUUUCUUGCA